UACGAUUCGAGAUCCCCUUGACGCAUCUCAUAUUACCUAGCACAAGCCAUGCGUUUCUCAUUCCUCCUCGCCGUCGUUACUGCUUUGACAACAUCUAUGUCCGUCAAUGCAUGCAUCACUGAAUACGGGGUUUGCGGCCCCAAGAACCCCUCCAGUUGCUGCAAAGGUCUUACUUGUAAGCUAGGUGUGAGUAUGAGUCGUUCGCUCUGCAUCCGGGACUCCUUCAACCCCAUGACUGACCCCUUGUGCCUUGUACUGGCAAUAGAUUUACGGGGACAUCGAGUACUGUCAUUAACGCUCUCCCAAUGAGCUUGGAAGACUAAACAUGUCGCGACAUUCAUCAAUAGGCUUAUGUACACAUUUCCCUGCUGCCUCGACCAGACUUUUGAAUAACAUUAGAAAACCUUCCGCAUGAACUCUAUGGCAUUGAUAAAAUAUACCCUUGUUCCUCGACU